CAAAAUAUCAAUACAAUAUUAUCAAAAAUCAAAAGUCUCAUUUGCAUAUUUUCUCCUCGUAAUUCCUAAAAUAAUUUUGUAUUUGUAGCUAUUAACUUGACUUAGAAUAUCUAAGCUAUAAUAAUAUUCACUAUACAAAAUAAUAAAACAAUAAAAGCAGUAAUAACUUAGUCAAUAGUGGUUAUAGUGGCUACUGGCUUAGUGAUAGUGACAAGAGUGAGCAAUCAGCAAUUCAGCAUUUAGCUUAGCAGUGACUUUAUCGCAGUCCUGCCAGCUGCCAGUCCAAUCUCCUGUUGAUCUGUCCUCCGAGUCCUCUUUUCUGUUUUAUAUUAAAUUUGCCAAUAAUUACCAAUUGUCAUGUUCUAAUGACUGACCAGAUCAACCCCUAAAAAAUAUACCAAUGUAAUUAUCUGCCGAUACAACAUACCAGCCAGCUACUAGAUCAUUGUCACCAGUCUUUUGGUGAUCUUCCUCUGCUUAGAGUUCCUUCUCGGCCUUUAACGACAUUCAACGACGGAAGCUGCAUCUUCUCCGGCCAAGCUAGACAGCGACCUGGAAUUUGAAGGAAAGAAGAAUAGCUACAUUGAAUUCAGAGCAAACAAUAAACGUGAGCCGAUGGUCAACUUAACAAAUGUUAAACUAUGGCUUGAUUACAAUAUUGAUAAUGCUUCAGAAGCAAUAGACGAUUCGAUUUUGGAUGUUGGUAACAAGUCGGACGAUGUGUGUGUCUCAUGCAGCAGCGUCGUGCGUCUUUUUGUCGUCUCCAAGACAACUCCCGAUUGGCAAUCCGUGCAGUCUCAAAUUCGCUGGAUCUUUCUGCUCCACGCCUACGGAUUUGCCUGCUCCUUCUUCAUCCUUGCCUUCUACUCAUUCUUCUCCAUACUCAAUAUCCGAUCCCUGAUCACAAGCAGACCGUUCAUGUCAACCAUCAACAUGUUCGUUUGUUUCGUUGGAGUAUCAAGAGCCGGCUCACUGUUUAUAGAUCCAUACCACCUCAAAGAUGUGAUGCCAAGGAUCUUGGGAAAUAUCAUAUGGGAUGUUGGCUAUCCGAGCAUUAUAGCGGCUUUCUCACUGGUUCAGUUGGCAUUUCUGCAAUUGACUCAACUGCGAUUUGGAUCUGAACUGUUGAGGAAUAAGUCUUGCCUUUCACUCAUCAUAACAGCUCACUUCACUUGUGUCAUUGGCUUUGAUAUUGCCAUGUCAUUCAACAGCCAGAUGCAGGUGAUGAAGUACAUUACACAGACAAUUUUCUUAUUGUGGGGUUCAACUCUGUGUUGUACUUUCAUUUAUGCUGGCUACAGAGUUCGAAUAUUGAUCAAUAACAUGCCGUCUUCGCUGCUUCAGCGAGACUUUGGAGACACAAAUUGCAAAGGAAUAAUGCAGCUGGCAAUGCUGGCUCCGUACAACAACCUGGCCUCGUCGGUUGCAGCCGCCCUGGUUCCCACCCUUCUAGGACCCAAGUUCGGCUUGGCCAACAUGGAGCCGCCAUCAGAACCUUCGCCAUCAUCUUCAUCCAUGACAAAGCUACGUCCAUCGUUACAGAAAACUUCGAAGAAUUUGAAACCAAAUGAAGGAGACACUGCCGCAGCAAAGACCAACUAUUCUCGAAUUCCGACUAGUCCAUCGAGCAGCCGCCAAGAAGUAUCCAGAACUGCAUCCACCAUCAGCACUGAUUCGGUCACAUCCAACGAAACGCCCAAACUGAAAAAGAACUUGAGCUGGGGAACUGAGGAACGUUCAAAUCAAGAUAGCCUUGAGAAGAGUAAACUUGGUGCCAAGAAAAAUAAGCCAACAGGAGUAGAAGUGGAAGAAAGAAAGUCUUCAGAAGCGACUCUGCUACCUCAAGAGCCAGGAACCAAUUUGGCUGGAGCCGGACCGGACCUAACACUGCACGCGAUUCUGAACCACAUUGCCUACGUGAAUCGAGCCGCAGCACACAGUGACAGCGGCCUGCCUCACGCAGAGCACCAGGCCACACCCGCCUCACGCAAGAAACAAGUCAUGCGUGUCCUCAGAAUCACGUACCUCACUGCUUUCGUCGGACUCCUGCUUUGUCUUGCUGAUCUGUUCCGCUUGUUUGGUCCCUAUGGCCUGCACAGCCAGUCGGACAUAACACCUUGGCCGUGGUUCUGCUUCGAGACUAUCUGCCGCACCAUGGAACUGGUGAUGGGGUGUGCAAUGGCCAACAUCACCAAGCAGCCGACGCCGCGCCACAGAUAUCUGCAUCAGCCCUACGGCCACACCAUCCGCGUCAAGCAGCGCGAAUCACUCUUCAUGUAAUCACUCUCCACACCACCUUAAUACAGUAUAUCGGUUGCAUGCAUGUCUAUUGAAUUUAACCGUGAUUGAAAAGAAUAGAAUAGGUAGGUGUUAUUCCUAUACAGUAGCCAACAUCAAUUCAAUACAUUAAUGAUGUUUCAAUAACAAACAUGGAAUUACAUGAUAAAACAGUAACAGUAAUAAAAUUUCAACAGAACUACAGUAGUAGUUCUGCAAUAGUAACAGCGAUAAAUUUAUGAUGUUUCAAUUAGAAACAUCGAAUUACAUGAUAGAACAAUAUCCAAGCUAUAGUCCGUGCAAACCUAAUAGUUUGCAGCACGAGGCUUUAUGUCCAAUGUGAUUACAAUAUAGGAGCCUACUACUGUUGCUGUUUUUAUGUUGAUUCUAUCAAAAUAUGUUUUAUUUAUGCUUUAUGGUCAACGUUAUUUCAAUAUAACAAUAGGAGCACACCGUUUCUAUGCUGAUUCUAUCAACAUGUAUGCUUUAUUUAGCUUUAUGGCCUAAUUUUAUUUCAAUAUUUCAUACUGUUGUCGUUUUUUAUGCUGAUCCUAUUAAACUACGCUCUCUUUUUUGUUCUUUCUCUCACUCAACUAGCUCACAGGCUCUCUGGAUACUGUGAAAUGUGGAAGCACUGUACUCCAUAAGAGCAAUAAUGCUGCAAUGUAAGGUUUGCACAGGAUAUAGGUUACAAAUGUCACUUUUCUAAUUUAUACUCACAAAUAAUAAUCUAUUAUCAUUCAGAUCUUUAGUGAAAAAAUGAGAUCCACUUCAAACUGUUAGCAUUGCUGUUAUAUAUAUAUAUAAGGUAUGCUGAUAGUUUUAAGUGGAACUCACUAUAGUUGCUCAUAAUUUCCUCAUCAAUACUGAAAACCCAUAUAGUAAGGUAUAGAAGAUAUUUGGUUUUUCAAUUGAAUUUAAAAGCAUACAUUAUUAUCAUUGCUCUCACCGGAAAGGAAAUUUGUUGAAUGUUUUUAAUCGUUAGAGCCGUUUUCGAGAACUCACAUACAAACAAACUGGAAUUUCUCACAAUAAAAAAGGAUGUGCGGAAGCCUUUGGUGUUUAGAAAGCCAAAAAAAAAAAAAAAUGAACAGCAGCUUUACUUGCACUUCUGAAUUUAUGUUGCCAAUAAUCUAUACUUUAAUAAAGGAAAGAACUGGCUUACGAUAGGAAAAUUAUAUUUGACGCAUCAUCACGUCUGAACCUCUGGACUGAUUAACUUGAAAUUUUUCUUAUAGAUUCUUGAUUAACCGAGGAUGGUUAUUGGCCUAUUUUCAAUUCUUCAUUACGUCAAGUUUUCAGUUUGUCAAGUUUCAAAAUAUACCCUUGCGGAGCACGGGUUACCUUCCAGUAUUUAAUAAAAGGCAAAAGAUUUAUUCGACCUUGAAGUGGAAACAGAGCUAAAAAAAUGUUACCAAUAAUAAAAGGUCAUUAGCAUCGAUGUUCGAGUUCUUCUUAAAGUGUUGAUGCCCUUGAAAGUUGACUUCCAUGAUGAUUUCUAUGAAAUGUCCAGUGGUAUCAAUGCCACUCAAAACGCCGGAACAAACUUGUUGCAACCUAAUGCCGUCAUCCAUGUUCCAUGCUCAUAAAAAUAACGUCAUGUUAUGAUAGUAAUGUCACAAAACAUUAUAAGAAAAGAGUUAAGAGAACAUAAUAAGAAACAUAUAAGAAAAGUAUUAAUCAGCGAAUAAUCACGGUUAAAUUUAAUAGACUUACGUGAAAUUAGGCCAGAGAGUAUAAAAAAAUCAUUCGAUUUCAUAAAGUUAUAAUAGAUUCCAGAUCAACCCAGAAUGUUCGAUAAGACUCCACGUCUUUUACAUUCGCUUCACGCGUGUCCGUCAUCGGGAUCAAUUUGAAUAUCGCACUGGCAUAUCGAACACCGUUGAAAAUUAGAAAAUUAUAAAAAUAAAAUUUUCCUUCCAGUCAAAACUUAGUAUUGUUUUACAAUGUGUACAAAAAAAUUAGACCUAUAUCUUUUCUAGAGUUGGGCAAAUAUAGACAUGCUAAAUCGGCUGAUUCUUUCUAAUACUCUCUGUACUUUGAAAAUAAUUAUGUACGAAAACCAUAAUCUAUGUGGACCAAUAUUAACGAAAUUUUCAUAAGACUUGCCAUAAUCAAAUUCUAGCAUAUCUUAUCAUAGGAAACAUACUUUCAGUAGAUCUGACGGAAGAAAAGGGUUUGAGAUUCAAAAUUAACGACUCCACCAUUACAGGUUGUCUAAAUUUAUGAGAAAACCGAAUUUAGACAAAGAGUCUGUUGAGAUAUUGUGUGAAUCAAUAGUCAAUAGAAAAACUGUUUCAUUAACGUCGACUGUUUUCCACACUUCGAACUAUUACAAUAAGAUGAUGAGUAAAUGAAAAUAUUCAUAAAAAUUUUAAAUCAUCAAACUGAACAACUCAUUUAUUUUGAAAAACAGAUGGGCUGCUUACAUGAAAGAAGCGACUAUCAUUACAGUACUGCAGAAACUGGAUCAUUUUUAGAUUUACUUGUUGGUCACCUCACAAUAAAUUAAUCAGCUAUGUAUUCUGUGAAAGAGCACAGUUUGCAAACUAUGUCGCUCUCUGUUCUGUAUUAAAGCAACCAUAUAGCUUAAAGAUAUCAUGCAAAGCAAGUUUAUUGAUUUCAGACUUGACAAUCAUUCCCAUGCUUCUUUCAAAAAUGUCCAAGUGACAAUCUCCUCUUACAAUUUAAAUUCUUGAGUUGAAUAGAAGAAUUAACGCUCAAAUAUAUUGAUGAAUAAUCUAUAUAGUUUAUACUUUUUUAUAUUGACAAUUCUUUUAAAGCUUUGUCAAACUCCAUACGGUAUUUACAUUUCAUUAUUUAACAAAAUUUAUUAAAACUGCAUGAUCUCAUUAUAUUAUUUCAAAAAAUCAGUAAAUAAUAACAUGGAUAUUUUAAAACUGUAAAAAUAAUCAAAGUUAAUUUUUCAAUAUCAUGCUCAGUUUGAUGAUCCACUCUCACUCACAGUCCAAUGAGAACAAGCAAUAAGGUUCUCUGAAAUGGCAAUCAAGCAAGAAACCAUUAUAAUUUCAAAUAGUUGGCUAUGCUAGAUCUAUCAUUUUACAAAAUAUUUUGCUAGUACUAGCUUUUUUCAUAAAUGGCAAGUCUUAAUGACAGUACCAUCAGAAGUACUGUAGAGGCGUGUUGUCCUAGCUGCAUUGAACUGUUAAAUGGUACCUGUGAUGUGCGGUGAUGCCAGUUAUAAGAAUAGGCUAUACCGUACAUAACGACAGCACCUUUCUGACAUCACUUUUGUUGGUGGUUCCAAAACUACAGUAUAUUUAUCAUAUCAAUUCGUUUUUGUCUUCGAGCUGAUUACAGAUCAUUUACUUCUACACUGCAUGAUUCUCAUUAGCUGGGACAACAUACCCUGAAACUAUUUUUUUCACUCCGAAUAAAUUAACAGUGCAAUUUAUUUCAACAUUUUUCUAUAAAUUUCAUCCUUUUAUUCAUUUAAUAAAUUUUUAUGACAAAAUCAUUAUUAUUUAUAAAAAGGAUUUAAUCUCAUGUGUAAUAAUUCAAAUCACUUUGAAAUCCACAUAGAUUCAAAUCUAUUUAAAAUGUUAGCAAAAUUUAUCUUAUUGCUAUUAUUUCCAAAUACUCUAUUUAAAAUGUAUCUUCGUUUUCAUCCUGAUAUAAAUUUUAACUCUUUAACUUUUAAUUCUAUUUUAGCUUCCAAUCAACUCUAUACAGCUUAGAGUUUACUUUGUAUAAUCAUGAAUGCUUCAUCGUUUUAUUAAAAUUUAAUUUUCAGUUUAUUAUUGAACUAGAAGAAUUCUUACUUCUUUCCUAAAUAAUGAAGGAAGCUAAUCACAUUUCGACAACUUUAUUACAAUAAUUAUUACACAUAUCAUUUUUAAUGAGUGUUAUCUAGUCUGUUCGUUCGCUAUUUAUAAUUUUAUAGUAACUGUAAAUCAUCUAUAGUGUAUUUCGUGGCUAAAGACCUCUGACCAACUAUUAAUUAAAAUAGUUGAUAAUGGUAAUAACAAUGUGGAUGGAGGUCUUUAGCCAUGAAAUGCACUCUAGUCUACUGGUUUAAUUGACUACAUGGACAUUAAUCCAAGAUCCAAGUGAUACCUCUUAUGCAUAUUUUGAAGCGACGAGUGAAUGAUAUUAGUUAUGUUUUAAUUUAUCCAUUAUAGGUAUUUAUGAUUAAUUUUAUUAUUCUAAUAUUUGAGUGUUUGGCUUUUUAUUUCCUGGAAAUUGUCUAAUAAUAGUAAUAAUGGAAUAAGUCUAUUUUUCAAGUACAGUUUUCUUAUUUCCGUCCUGAGUAAUUAUAUUUUUUAUCACAUUAUCAAUGUUGCUAACAAAAUUCUCCUAUAAUUUGUUGCUAUUUUCUA